AAAGGCUUUGGGUUUGGGCAAUGAGGCCUAAGGAUUAAGAUAUUGAAAUGUGCCAGUGGAGCUGAAUAAAGUCACUUAGGAGAACGCCAAGGAACAGUGGGAGCUGAACAGCAACCAAGGAGAUGCGUCUCCUUUUAAUCUUUGCUUUGACUUUUACUCUUUCUGCACAGCAGACUCCCCCUUACGAUCACCCUGUCUCUGGUGGACUCCAUCCUGGGAUGGCUGUAUAUAUUGAAGGGACGGUGCCCCAAAAAGCUACCAGGUUCGUGAUGAACUUUCUCUGUGGCAGAGACAUUCUCUUCCACUUCAACCCUCGCUUUCCUCAGCAGCACGUUGUGCUCAACAUAUGUCAGUCCGGCAGGUGGGGAAAAGAGGAGGUUCACAAGAUGCCUUUCCAGAAGGGCGAGCAUUUUGAGGCCAUCUUCAUUGUCAAGGAAGCCGAAUACCAGGUCCUGGUGAAUGGAAGCCCAUUCUGCAAAUUCAAGCACAGAAUCUACCCCCAAUUUCUAAAGUCCAUUAACUUUGGGGGAAACCUGGUGUUGCAGUCUAUGAUCGUGGUGGGAAGCAAAAUGGAGAGGACCAUGUUUUUCUUCUUGGACAUUUUUCUUAAUCCUUAA